ACUGUUAGUUCUGGAAAUAGAUCUUGUAAGAACACUGGCGCCAAAAUUAAACAAACCAUUUAAAUUUAAGCACUACAUAUUAUAGUUAAAUGGUGCAUGGACUGCUGUUAAAUGGCAUGUUCUAAUGGAAUCUCUGGAAUAUAUCUGGACACUUAAUAUCAAAAUUGAUAGGAACUAACUGAAGAAAAGCAAGAUGUUUUGCUUGGGAAGGUAAUGCGCAGGCACUAGCUCACAAAUAUAAGACGCUACGUGCUUGGAAUUUUAUCUAGAAGUCGACAAAGCUCGUAAGCAAACGGACAGUUUAUAUAAGAAUGAAGUGCAACAUCAAAGAAGUAAAUGCUUUUUUAUUAAUCGUUCUUCUAAUACAUUCGUCAUUGAUAAUUGAGGGACGUUCGCCAAAACCACCAACGCAUUUAUUUCACAGAACUUGUACACCUCUACCAAAAUGCUGCAAGACUUACGUAUAUGCCGAUGGGUGUAGGGGCGUAAUGUCAAAAAGAAAUUAUUAUUCAGACCCCCAAACAGAUGUUUCUGUCAAAGACCCAAUUGAUCCAAGGUUUCAGCUGGAAAAUGGCGACUUAAAAAAAGGCAACUGGCAGAAUCUGGAACAGGACGACGCAGAAAAUAAGAAUCAUUUUUUAAACUCGAUCAGUGAUAUAUUUGAUUAUUUCUAUUAAAAUUAAAUAAUUAUAUAUAUUAUGUACUGAAAUGAUUUAAAUAAACCGCAUACAACUGAUAAUUUCAAAUUUUUAUUUACUGAUUUUGAUAGCAGUAAACGAAAAACGAAAAAACGGACGA